AAACAUCCCAGUGGAAUGUCGUUCCUAUAGAAUUGGACGCAAUUGAUUUGUCAAUUGGCUUUGUCAAAAACCAAAAUCACACGCGACAAUCCAUCAAAAUACAAAACAACCUUCGGUCUAGGGUUUGCAGAGGACUCAAAAGUAAUCAUAAUCUAACCGAUGGGAGGCCACGGCGCUGUAGAGGCGGCGAAGACGGUCAUUGAGGUGGCCGACGUGGCCUGGAAAGCCAUGGAAUUUACUCAUCACCACCAACUCCACAAUCACAACCGCGAAAAUCACGAAAGUGACACCAAGCGGGUGUCAAUAGACGAAGAAUUGGAGUCUUUAAGAUCCGAAAAUCAGCGCCUAAAGAACCAGCUUGAGCAGAAUUUGAAACUUCUCCAAAACUUAUCCGAAUCACCUUGCUUGUUAAAUGAUUGCCCCCCUGAUCUAUACACCCGCCUAGUUGCUACCGUGGAUUCUGAAAACUUCUUGGCUCGACUUAAAUCCCUUCAGCAGGCUUCAGCCAACAAAACUAUCAUUGAAUUCCCCUUCAAGGAAGCUACAGGGGAUGAUAUUCAUUCUGCUGAAAUUCUGAUUAAUGUCUCUUGUGAUGAACCUAGUUGGUGGGUAUGGGUCACAGAAGAAAUGGUUCCCAACAAUGUUGAAGAACACAGUGGAAUUGAUGAUGAAAAUUAUGUAGUUGUUACUGAGGAACAUGUGGUGGAUGGGGUUGCCAACUUCAUAGCUAAAUGCAUCGUGUCAAAUCCAAAGUCUAAGAAUAUGACACCAGAGGAGUUGCAGAAGACUGUGGCAAAAGCAUUGGGUGGGGUGAGCAAAUAUGGGAAGAUGAUAGAUAUUUGGCAUGCAGGACAGCUGUUUUAUACCUUGGCUACCUGGGGACUUACCCUGUGGGGGCUGUAUCGGAGUCGAGCUAUACUAAAACUUGCUGCAAAGGGUGUUCAAACAACUAGCAAAGUCUGUUUAAGGGCACUCUGAAGAGGGCCACUCCGUUGCAAUGAGCAAAAUAAAUUGAAAAUUUGUAAGCGUGCUAUGUUAAUUAUGUGAUUCCUUCCAGUGUCACCCCGUGUGCAAGUUCUGUUUAAUUCCUCCUUUCCUAUCAACGGUUUGUAUAAAUGUAAGUACUUGUAAACAUUGUUGGUUACCUUUGCUACUCCGUUCAAUAAUUGAAUUGAUUGAUUUA